CCGCCCCUCCGCCCCGGUGCCCGCCAUGGCCCCGCUGCUGCUCCUGCUCCUGGCGCUGCCGCCGCCCGCGGCCCUCGGGGACCUCCGGCCCGAGCAGCUCCUGGUGCUGACGGUGGCCACGGAGGCCACGGAGGGCUACGAGCGGUUCCUGCGCUCGGCGCAGCGCUUCAACUACAGCGUCAAGACGCUGGGAAUGGGUCAGGAAUGGCGGGGGGGGGACGUGGCCCACACGGUGGGGGGGGGGCAGAAGGUUCGGUGGCUCAAGGAGGCGCUGGAACCCCUGAAGGCGAGGGGGGAGCUCCUCGUGCUCUUCGUGGACAGUUAUGACGUGCUCCUGGCCGCUCCGCCCCCCGAGCUCGUCUCCUCCUUCGCCGCUGCCGCCGGCGGUGCCUCCCCCCCCGGGCUCCUGUUCUCGGCCGAGGCCUUUUGCUGGCCCCAGCCCGGCCUGGCCGGAGCCUACCCCCGGCCUCCCCCCCGCGGAAAGCCCUUCCUUAACUCCGGAGGCUUCAUUGGCUUCGCCCCCGCCAUCUGGCGCCUAGUCGAGAGGUGGCGCUAUCGCGACGACGACGACGACCAGCUCUUCUAUACCCGCCUCUACCUGCAGCCCCAGCUACGGGAAGAGCUGGGGCUGGCCCUGGAUCAUCAUUCCCGCAUCUUCCAGAACCUCAAUGGAGCCAUAGACGAGGUCGUGGUCAAGUUCGAGCCGGGGCGCGUGCGGGUCCGCAACGUGGCCACCGAUUCCCUGCCCAUUGUGAUCCAUGGCAACGGCCCCACCAAGCUCCAGCUCAAUUACCUGGGGAACUACGUGCCGUGGGGCUGGAGCCCCGAGGGCUGUGGGGACUGUGACUAUGGGCUCCGGGACCUGCGUGGGGUCAAGGCGGAGGCGCUGCCCUCCGUGCUCGUGGGGGUCUUUGUGGAGGAGCCGACCCCGUUCCUGCCCCACUUCCUGCGGCGCCUCCUGCACUGGAGCUACCCCGGGAGCCGCCUGCGCCUCUUCGUGCACAACAGGGUGCCGCACCACGAGCCCCACAUCGCCGCCUGGUGGCCGCGCCUGCGCCGCCGCUUCGCCUCCGUCCGCCUCGUGGGGCCCGAGGAGGGGCUGGAGCCGGGAGAGGCGCGGGACAUGGGCAUGUCCCUUUGCCGCCAGGACCCUCAGUGCGAGCAUUACCUGAGCCUGGACGCGGACGUGGCCCUGACCCACAAGGGGACCCUGCGGGCGCUGCUGCGGCAGAACCGGUGCGGCCCGCAUCCCAUAAUACCCCAUA